ACGAUCCAGCAGUGACAUUAGGAAGGCGGAGCGCAAGGAAGGCGGGGCUGCCUUCUGUGCUGACCCGAGAGAAGACCAGGCUUCAGUCGACAGCAGGCGGAGCGGUCGCCGGCAAAGGGCGGGGCCAUUUCGAGCCCUGGGAAGGCGGGGCUUCUCCUGACAGAGGGCGGGGCUUCCGCAGCCUGGGGCGGGGCUUCUGUUGACAGGGGGGCGGGGCGGCUCCCUACCUCCCGCGGUGCGCCAAUCCCCGGACUAGGGGCCGGGGUCGGACCCCAGUGGAGUAGCAGGGUCUGGGCGUGGAGAGCUCGGCGUCGCACGGGGUGGGGGCGCGCGGAGGACGCGCGCGCGGGAGGGCCCCGCCUUGGCCGGCUCUCUCCCUUCCCCCUUCGCCCCCGGACGGCCGCUGGGGCGCGCGCCUCUCCUCGCACCCCCACCCUGAGUCCCCACGCUCCGCGGGGACACCGAGCUGCUGAGGCCCCUUUGCGGGCCCACCGAGCGGUUCCGGGUUUAGGGUUCACAGGUCAGAGUUGACUCCCUGAAAAGUGCAGCCGGUUUGAAAUGCAAGAUGGCGGCGGCGUGGCGCUGAGAGGCGCGGCGGCCCCUGCAGGAGAAGACAGACAGCUGCUUUGGACCUGUUGGUCAUGAUGGCCUGAGCUAAACAUCUAACUAGAAGGGAUACCCUUCCAUUUCAAAGAACAGAAUGCUAAGGAAGCUGUGGCAAGUGAUUGGAGUUGUGCUUCAAAAAUUUCAGAAAUUCAGCAGUAUUUUAUCUGCCAACAAUAAGCUCUUUACUUGAUUGCACCAUGAGAAAGCUGCUAAUGAGACUUGUUGAGCACAAAAAUGGACUUGAAGAACCAAAAGCCAUUGUUUUCAAAUGAAGAACACUGAACAGUUUUAAGCCUCGAUGCUUUUUAAUCACCACUGAGCUUUUCCUCAUAACAUCAGAAUGGCAAGCAGGCGAAAAUCAACAACACCUUGCAUGGUCCUUGCCAGUGAACAAGAUCCAGACCUUGAGUUGAUAUCAGAUUUGGAUGAAGGUCCUCCUGUGCUUACACCUGUAGAAAACACCAGAGCAGAGAGUAUCUCAAGUGAUGAAGAAGUUCAUGAAUCUGUGGAUUCAGACAAUCAGCAAAAUAAAAAAGUUGAAGGUGGAUAUGAAUGUAAAUAUUGUACUUUUCAAACUCCAGAUCUAAAUAUGUUUACUUUUCAUGUGGAUUCAGAACAUCCCAAUGUAGUGCUAAAUUCAUCCUAUGUUUGUGUCGAAUGCAAUUUUCUUACCAAAAGGUAUGAUGCACUUUCUGAGCAUAAUCUGAAAUAUCACCCAGGAGAAGAGAAUUUUAAGUUGACUAUGGUGAAACGUAAUAACCAGACAAUCUUUGAACAAACAAUAAAUGAUCUGACUUUUGAUGGUAGUUUUGUUAAAGAGGAGAAUGCAGAGCAAGCAGAAUCUACAGAAGUUUCUUCUUCGGGAAUAUCUAUCAGUAAAACUCCUAUCAUGAAAAUGAUGAAAAAUAAAGUGGAAAACAAACGGAUUGCAGUUCAUCAUAACUCAGUUGAGGACGUUCCUGAAGAGAAAGAGAAUGAAAUCAAACCAGACCGUGAAGAAAUUGUAGAAAAUCCAAGUUCUUCAGCUUCUGAAUCUAAUACAAGUACUUCCAUUGUAAACAGAAUACAUCCAAGUACUGCCAGCACGGUAGUGACACCAGCAGCAGUUCUUCCUGGAUUGGCCCAGGUGAUAACUGCUGUAUCUGCUCAGCAGAAUUCUAAUUUGAUUCCCAAAGUCUUAAUCCCUGUUAAUAGCAUUCCCACCUACAAUGCUGCAUUGGAUAACAAUCCCCUUUUACUUAACACCUACAACAAAUUCCCUUACCCAACAAUGUCAGAAAUUACAGUUCUUUCUGCUCAAGCAAAAUAUACAGAAGAACAGAUCAAGAUAUGGUUUUCAGCCCAACGUUUAAAACAUGGUGUUAGUUGGACUCCCGAGGAAGUAGAGGAGGCAAGAAGGAAACAAUUCAAUGGAACAGUGCAUACUGUACCUCAGACCAUAACUGUUAUUCCUACACACAUUUCCACAGGGAGUAACGGUUUACCAUCUAUUUUACAGACAUGCCAAAUAGUUGGUCAGCCUGGUCUGGUCCUUACUCAAGUGGCUGGAACAAACACCUUGCCAGUUACAGCACCUAUAGCCUUGACAGUGGCAGGCGUUCCAAGUCAAAAUAAUGUACAGAAAAGUCAGGUACCUGCUGCUCAGCCUACUGCAGAAACAAAGCCGGCAACAGCAGCAGUUCCAACUUCUCAAAGUGUCAAACAUGAAACUGCAUUGGUAAACCCUGAUUCAUUUGGCAUUCGGGCAAAAAAGACAAAAGAGCAACUGGCAGAAUUAAAAGUUAGCUACCUUAAAAAUCAGUUUCCCCAUGAUUCAGAAAUUAUCAGACUUAUGAAAAUAACAGGCCUGACAAAAGGAGAGAUUAAAAAAUGGUUUAGUGACACAAGGUACAACCAGAGAAAUUCAAAGAGUAAUCAGUGCUUACAUCUCAACAAUGAUUCCUCUACCACCAUUAUUAUAGACUCCAGUGAUGAAACCACGGAAUCCCCAACUGUUGGUACUGCACAGCCUAAGCAAUCCUGGAAUCCUUUUCCUGACUUUACUCCCCAGAAGUUUAAAGAGAAAACUGCAGAGCAGCUUCGUGUCCUUCAGGCAAGUUUCCUCAACAGCUCUGUACUUACAGAUGAAGAAUUAAAUAGGUUAAGGGCACAAACCAAACUUACCAGAAGAGAAAUCGAUGCUUGGUUUACAGAGAAGAAGAAAUCAAAAGCUUUAAAGGAAGAGAAAAUGGAAAUAGAUGAAAGUAAUGCAGGUAGUUCCAAAGAAGAAGCUGGAGAAACUUCUCCUGGAGAUGAAUCUGGUGCACCUAAGUCAGGGAGUACAGGCAAGAUAUGUAAAAAAACACCUGAGCAGCUGCACAUGCUUAAGAGUGCAUUUGUCCGGACACAGUGGCCAUCACCAGAAGAAUAUGACAAGUUGGCCAAAGAAAGCGGGCUUGCUAGAACAGACAUAGUUAGUUGGUUUGGGGACACCCGUUAUGCUUGGAAGAAUGGAAACUUGAAAUGGUACUACUAUUAUCAGAGCGCCAAUUCAAGUAGUAUGAAUGGUCUGUCUUCCCUUAGGAAAAGAGGGAGAGGGAGACCCAAAGGACGGGGAAGAGGAAGACCGCGUGGGCGGCCUAGAGGAAGCAAAAGAAUUAACAAUUGGGACAGGGGACCAUCACUCAUAAAAUUUAAAACUGGAACUGCAAUACUUAAGGAUUAUUACCUGAAGCACAAGUUUCUUAAUGAGCAAGACCUUGAUGAACUUGUUAACAAAUCACAUAUGGGCUAUGAGCAGGUCAGAGAGUGGUUUGCAGAAAGACAGAGAAGAUCAGAAUUAGGUAUAGAAUUAUUUGAGGAAAAUGAGGAGGAAGAUGAAGUUAUUGAUGACCAGGAAGAGGAUGAAGAAGAAACAGAUGAUAGUGACACUUGGGAGCCUCCACGACAUGUGAAACGGAAGCUUUCUAAAUCAGAUGACUGAAAUCUGCCUAAAACGUUGAAGGAGAAUCAAUUCUUCAACUCAAGAUGUCUGAUUUACUGUGAAUUUGCCCAAUCUUUGAUGACGUUGAAAACGUUUUGGGGCAUACACACUCAAAAAGCAGGAUCCAAUACCCAAAAGAAAUGGAACUUAAUGUUGUGCCAAAGUUAAACUACUGCAGUUGGUGGAAGUUCUGCAAUGUAAAUAGAACACUAUUAAAAAACAACUUGUAAAAAUUCAAUUUAAAUUUUAAUACAGUACAUUUUUAUUCUAAUAUGAUGGAGACAUUCUGAAACUUAGACUUUCUGAGGGGGUUUAAUGACCACUAGAGCUUGUCCUCAUAUUCAGUCCAGCUUAAUACUGUGUGUCUGGUAAGAUGGGCUAUAUAUUGCCUCUAUUCUUUGAGAUGUGAUUAACCUUAGAACUUUUGACCAAAAAUUUUACAGUAAAAAUUGUUAGAAAUGGGUAAAAAAAAAAAAAAAACAACCAAACCCUGAUUUAUUACUAUGUCUUAUUUAUCAGACCUUGCACUAAGAUUAAAAGUUGUGCAUGGGUUUAUACAAUUUCAAAUGUAAAAACAGCCUAUUUAUAUAUGUUGAAACAAUAAGAUUUUAUGGUUUCACUGGCCCUUAAUAACUGGAUCCUUCAUUAAGCACAUCCAUGAAUACCACUGUUUCUACUGUUACUUGUUCCAUUAGAAGCUGAUUUGCUUUUUAUUAAAAUGCAGGUAAUUAAUUCUGAAGAAGGGAAAGAAACUGGCAUGAUAAUUUGGAUAGGGUGAAACUUUGAAAUAAAUACUGCACCAAAAAUGUGAAAAAGAAUCACGUAGUAAAUGUAUACUUAGUGUUUUCUUACAAUCGUGGAAAUCAGAAAUGUUUAUACAGGUGUCAGAUCAGAAUUUUUAAGAGUUAUCUUUCAGUGAAAUUUUACUUUUAUAACAAUUUCAGUGAAUAGAGAAAAAAUUCUGAACUGAUCAUAAUGAGUUAAAAGUUAGCUUUUCACUUAUGAAUCUUGGGAGUGUUAACUGUUAACUCUUGCCGUAUCAGGAAAUUGAAAGUUCAUACUAAUUUACAAACUUUGUAAAGACUGGUGCUGUUCAUUCAUAUUGGGAAGAACCCUUUCUUUUGUGACCAUAGGACCAUUUUUCAAAAUGUGCUUUCUUCAUAGAAGAAAUGUUCAGUUUAAUUAGCUUUGGAUUUUAACAUGUUUUUCUGAAUGACCAGACGUAGGCUUGGCCAGUUUAUUUUCUCUAAUUUAAUGGAUAAUAAAUAUUAAGCUCUUGGUUAAAUGUUUUUCAGCCAUUGAAAAUGUUAUGAAAAAGCCUUGAAUAUGCAUGCUGCUUUCAUUUUUAUAAACUUUUUAUUUUUUAACUAUAGCUUUAUUAGUAAUUCCAAAAUGCUGCAAUGUAGCUGAUUUCCUCACUCGGACAGCUGGCUUUGUGGGUGGCUUUUUUCAUACUACUGUUAACUUUUUUAAAAAAGAAGCAAUGUAAAGACCGUAAUGCACUAGGCUUUUUUUUUUUCUUUUACACGUUUAAAAACUUCUUAAAGCACUCUGUAAUAUAAUGAUUAAAUUGCUCCCUUUUAUAAACAUUGCUAAUGUGGUCUGAGUUUUGUUUGACAAUAAUUUUAAUGUUCUCAAAAUUUGAAAUGUCAAGUUAUUAGAAAUGAAGCCUUUGAAUAUAGUUGUUUCCCUUGCAAUAUGUUAACUCUGUGUAGCUGUAUAUAACUAUUAAUAAAUUUCCCUCGUCUCUUUUAUAGGCUUGAUAAAACUCUUCUCUGACGUUUGCUAGCUUUUAAAUAUAUUUAUUUGACAGAGCAAAAGAACCUUCUUCUGGUUGAUUGUGACCUUGAAUACAAAAUAAAAGUUAGUAGUGAUUAGUAGUUUACAGUGA